GCUCAGGACGCGGGUGACGUCACACUCACAGCGAGGAGGAGCGAAAAUGGCCGAGUGAUGGAGGCCCUGCUGGCUCAGAAUUAUUGGAGAAAAUGGACGGUGAACUUCUAUCCUUGAAGUGGAACAAUCACCGAACAACAUUUUACCAUGUCAUCAGUGGACUCCGCAAUAAGGAGACCUACACAGAUGUAACUCUGGCAUGUGAGGGCAAAUUUUAUCCCGUCCACAAGUUGGUUCUGUCCACCUGUAGUGAAUAUUUUAGUGAUAUUUUUGAUCGCACACCAUGCAAGAACCCAGUAGUAGUUCUCAAAGACAUAAACUGCCAAGACUUGGAGUUUCUUUUAGAUUAUAUGUACAUUGGUGAAGUUAAUGUGAGACAAAAUGAACUGUCUUCACUCAUAAAAGCAGCAGAGUGUUUGAGAAUCAAAGGCCUAGCAGUGCCUGAUGAGGAACCAAAGAAAAAUGGAAGUGGUGGUAGCAGCAAUAAUACCAGUGCCACAGGGCAGGGGAGGCAGCGCCCAGAGCUUGCCAGCCCACCGGCGAAGCGGCGGCGAGCCGAGGAGCGACGAGUGACUGAACAGAGCCCCGGCAGACCGCCUGGGGAUGGCAGCCCAGAGCAGGAGGCCGGAGGAUCGACCGGCAAGAUUAGUGGUAGUGAUGCCGGCAGGUCUCGGGACCAGCUGGAGGACAAGCAAUCUGACGUAAGUGUCGAGCAGCCGGCAGUGCACAUAAAAGUUGAACAGCAUGACAGCUAUGAACAAUCUGCCAACGAUGAGUUUCUAGUACAAAGCAAUAGUUACGAAGGUGGUGGUGGGGGUGGGGAGGAAGGAGACGGCCCACACAGUUCCGAGGGCAAUACCAAUGACUUUCCUGAGUUCCUCCAGUCAACUGUGGAAAAGGAGGAGCCUGUGGCCAUGAGUGACUUUAAUCCUAGUGACUUCCCUGGGCCAUCAGGACUACAAAAUAGUGGAAUGGCCACCUGGGAGGGUGACAAUAGUUCCACCAGCUUUGCGGAAGGACUCUCUGGGGCUGUGGCGGCUGCUGUUGCCGCAGCGUCACAACCCCAGCAGCAGCGCCAGCAGCAACAACUGCUGGAAGAAGCAGGGAGGAUGCUGGUGUGUGAGCCAGUGGGUGGCCCUUUGACUGAGCCUAGGGGUGAGGAGGGUGGACAACUGCGUUGUCCAGUUUGUGGUCGGCCCAGCAGUCGGCGAGAUCACCUCAGGAGGCACAUGCGCAUCCACACCGGGGAGAAACCUCACAAGUGCCCCUAUUGUCCCUUUCGCAGCCUCCUUAAAUGGAAUGUAAAAAGCCACAUGCAGCGCAGGCAUAGUCUUCAUUGGAUGCCACUGGCCGGAUCUCAAUGAUGAGUGCGCCAUGGAGAUGUAUGAAGGCUGCAUUAGCGCAGCAAUUGUCACCAUGGAGCAUUGUACUCUGAGCAUUACUGCACAUACAGCUUCUGAUUGUUGCUUUGCUAGUGUGCACUUUACAUUUUAUUAUAGUAAAGACAGAUGGACAUUAUCUAAAGUUUAUUGCAUAUUAUUAUGAGUACUUCGCCAAAGCAGUGGAGUGAGAUGUGCAUAGGUGAAUGUAGGAAAGCAAAAUGUUACAUUCCUGUGAUUUAGAUAUAUGAGGUGAAAUAUAUAAGUGGGAUUGGUGGGGGAAUACUUUGAACUUUGUGUAAAUGUACAACCAUGAAAAGAGAUGACUGAUGAAGAGAAAAUUAUGUUAAAUAUGAAACAUUUUAUCUAAUAAUUCUCUCUCUCUCUCUCUCUCUCUCUCUCUCUCUCUCUCUCUCUCUCUCUCUCUCUCUCUCUCUCUCUCUCUCUCUCUCUCUCUCUCUCUCUCUCUCUCUCAUAUGUAUCAUUAUUGAGAACUAUUAGAUAUCAAGGAAUGAUUGUAUAUGCUUGGAAAGAAAUAUAUUGUUUCUUAUACUUAGAGUAAAAUGCACUGUAACAAUUUCUGGGAGCUGACAUCCUAUAAAAGGAUGGUAAGAGCAGCAAUUUAAUAUAGAAAAAAAAAAAGUAAACUGCUCAAUCAUCAUUCCCUCCAAAGUAACAGUAAUAGAAAAGACCAUUUUAAGCACCAUAGAUACUUUGACACCUGAAAAGGAGUUCAAAUUGUAAGAAUCUGAAAGGGAGUGUAUAGUAUAAACACCUUUGAGGUCAGAAGGAAUGAUAAACAACACAGAACUCGUAACUUUAUGGAAGCUGUUUUAGGGAGAGAUGAGUAGUGACAUUUUCAGUUGAGAAUUACUAACAAGUGUUCAGUGUAGAAGACAAAAUUAGUUUAGUGUUGCUGAAAAGAGGAUAUUUUCUGCAGAGUAAGAUAAGUAGGUAGAUGGAGAAAAAAAUUUAAGCAUUGCUGUUCAGUGUGCUCCAUUCACAAAUUGCUGCAAUAAGUUAGGGUUUCUCUGAACUCUCUCCUUGAAUUGUUAAACUCUUGUCAAGUUGGCAACCUGGGGAAUGAAGGUAUAAUCAUUGGUAUGAGUGAGUAAGAGAAAUGGUUUGAAAUAAGUGUAUGAAUAAUGAAAAGUGCAUGACAGGACAGAAACUUGUGGAACCCCUUUCUUAAUUAAGCUUAGUGAAAUAAUAGUUGCUGUCUUCCUUUCCAACAAUCAAACAGCCUGAAGGGAAAUUUGUGGUAGUGUGAGGAACUUUAUAAGAAUAGACUAGAAAAAUGUGAUAUGCCAGAUCUCAAGGAUUUUUUAUGUUCAAGACAACAACAAAGGUUUUACCAAAAUGCCUGAGAUAAGAUGACCAAAGUUUAUUAAGGAAAGCUAGGAAAUUACCAUUUAAUCAUACUUUGUAUCAUCUGCACUGACAAUCAGACAUAUGAGCAAAUAGGUACUCACCUCCAAAACUUGGAGGGGCAGGAAACCAAAGGUCAAGAGUUUUACAGAUCAGAGCAAUCACUCUUCAUGAGAAUAGAUUGAGUGCAGGCAGUUACACAGCAAUAAGGAAAGUGGAUGUAGAUUGUGGAAGUCUGACUAGAUGUGGUGGAAGCACAGAAUCACUAUUACUGUUAACCACAGGAGGAACUUCAUUAGAUUUAUAUAAGCCUUUUAAGGGUCAGUGUCAGAAAGAUAAAACAUCAUUACAGACUUCAUCAGCAAACAUGAUGCUGUCAGAGGUAGGAGGUGACAAAAAGAGAGAAGCUUAGAAUCUUGUUGAAUUUUCAGCAACUGUGGGAAGAGUUCAUGUUUACAGAUACAAUAGAUGGCAGUGAUGCCAUCUGGAUGAUUACAGGGAAAGAGGAAAGGGAACAUUUUUUGGGGGGAGAAUGUUUUUGUUGGAUGCUAGUCAGUAGUUGUGGGUUCAGUAUAGUAAGUUUGAUGAAGCUGGCAGAAAUAUAAAGGGCAUGAGUUUGAGAAUUUGCUCAUUAUAUUAUUUUGCUGUCAAAGGAUAAGUAAUGAGCUGUCAAACGUACAGUUGUAAGACAAUUUUGAUCUCACAUAGAUAAGUAGAGUUCAGCUGUGCUACCUGAGGAUAUGCUGUAUUAUUCUAUAUUUUAUAAGCAAAAAUUUAUUUUUGUUUGUGAUAAACACUUGAACUUUAGCAAUGCAUGCUACAAACUCACAAAAUAAGGCCUUGAAAUAAAAAUAAUUCUGAGGCAUUA